UCUUGGCUUUGUCGGGGGUCCCACUUCCUUCAAACACGUCUCUAUUCUGCUGCCACUGAGGUAAUCUGCUCCGUGAGUGACAAUGGCUUCAAAACAACUUCUGUUUACUUGACACUUUUAUCACAACUGAGUGAGAGUGUGGGUUCAAACACCUGCCACCUCUAAGGAGGAGUCUGUUCAGGCAACACCUGACCCCCGUGCUCAUAGUAUAAUCCAGCUGCCACAGUGUAGGAUUCAUCUCCAGGCUGCAGCAGACGUAGGAUUUCUUUAAUUCCCUCCAUGCUGAUGGUUGGUUCCAUCUGAGCGAUGGGCUGUGGGAACAGUAAGGUGCCACUUGAGGCGUCCAAGAAGGGCUACGUCGGUGUGGUGCAGUCGCUCAUGGCCUUCAGCAAAGCGCACAAUGACAGACCCUGCGAUGAGCCAAAGAAAUGUUUGGAGAAACAAAGAGGUGCAUGGUUCUCCACCGGUGUCAAGAGUCAUCAGCAGACGUCCAACAGCCAGCAGCUGAUACUCAGAGAGGGACGACAACGGGACAAAGCUGCCAAGUAUAAAGACAAGUUUGAUCCACGUGUCACAGCAAGAUACGACAUCAAAGCUCUGAUCGGUCGUGGAAGCUUCAGCCGCGUCGUGCGAGUGGAGCACAGGGCGACUCGCCAGCCGUUCGCCAUUAAAAUGAUGGAGCUGGAGGCCCCAGAGGGUCGUGAGGUGUGUGCCUCGGAGCUGGCGGUGCUGCAGCGGGUGAGCCACACUAAUAUGAUUCAGCUGAUCGAGGUGUUUCAGUUUCCGCAGCGGGUUUACAUGGUGCUGGAGCUGGCGACAGGCGGGGAGCUGCUAGACCGCGUCGUCAGCAGGGGCCACUUCACCGAGCGGGACGCCACCCAGGCCUUGCAGAUGGUGCUGGCUGGGGUGCGAUACCUGCACAAUCUGGGCGUCACCCACAGAGAUCUGAAGCCUGAGAAUCUUGUGUACUACCACCCCGGAGCUGACUCCCGGCUGCUCAUCACUGACUUCGGACUGGCUACUUUUGGCGGCACAGGGCCGGAGCUUAUUGACAACAACACAACCGACGAGGGAGAUCGGACCGGCACGGAGCGCUCAUGGUCCCUGAGGACCACUUGUGGAACACCAGAGUACUUGGCCCCUGAGGUGUUGUUGAGGAGACCCUAUUCCUGUGCAGUGGACAUGUGGGCCCUGGGGGUGAUCACCUACAUCGUGCUGAGUGGAUCUAUGCCGUUUGAGGACGACAGUCGCACACGACUCUAUAGAUCCAUACUGAGAGGAAAAUACAGCUUCCACGGAGAUCCUUGGCCCUCAGUGUCCAACCUGGCAAAGGACUUCAUCCAGCGCCUGCUGGCGUUGGACUCGGCCACCCGCCUGACCGCUGACCAAGCCAUCUGUCACUCUUGGGUGGUCACCAUGGCAGCCAGCUCCUCCACGAGGAACCUCCAUCGAUCCAUUUCCCAGAACCUCCGGCAACGAGCUUCACGUAGCUCCUCCCGGUGCCCGAGCAGCACCACAAGCUCCUGUGAUGUCGGCUGCCCGGGAAAGUAAACAGGAGCAGCGUCAGGGCCGAGCAUCUGCACUGAUUCAGCCUCAGAGAGCCGUACAACAUCUGGCCAGGGAGCAUCAGCGCCAUCCGACGAAAGCAUCAGAUUCAUGGGAAGGUUGACGAAGGGAUGGGACCAGCUGCCCCAGCUCGGUGUGUUCGGCCAUCACUAACCUCAGAGCUCCAGACAGGGAGCCAAAGUGCCUGGGACAGGUGUUAAGACAAAAAAAGUGUCUCUCUCUUCUGUGGACUUCAACCAGGCUUCUCUAAUAACCCGGGUUCCCCUAUAGGCUCAGCUCCAUCUUCCAUUGUGGUGGAGUUAAGCUGAUGGUGAUUAUCCUUCAGUUGUGAGAGCCAGGCUUGUUCUGAGACAUCGCUGUCCACCUCCACAAGGUCUCUAGCCCCUGGUUAUUCACACAGCUCAGACUAAUGGGCCCAGGGUCUCAUCUGGGCCAUUAUGAGUGACCACAAUAUACUCUCCUGUGAAGAUGUCCAUUCCAGAAGAUGAGAAAUUCAUCAUUUGAGGAAUGGGAGCUAACAUUAGCAAAGGAUUGUGGAAGAAAGAAGAGAAAAGAAACCCUGUGUCUUCCUCUCUGAUCUUUUUCCAUUUGUGAUAAUAGAAUUUGAAUCCCCACCACCAAACAGCAGGAAGACACAAAUGACACAAAAAGCAAAUACGCCCUAUAGUGUUAACUUCUGUUGCCAGUCCUCCUACAUCACAGCUACCCUGAAAGAACAAUCCAGAUAUUUGGUAACAGGCGUCUAUCGGCUCUCCCCCAAAACCUUAUGUGAGCUGUAAACAACAGCAUCCUCCAAAUAAACCUUUUCUUUCCAGUGACAACUUUUAAAUUAAAAUGGUAAUAAAAGUAUGCAGCACAAAGGGGACCUGAUAGUUCAUUAAAAUGUAAGUGAGAUGCAUUACCAGCGAGGUUUAAUCUUGUUUAGUAAUAUCACAUAUAAUAAUAAUAUAGUGGAUUGUUCCCAUUUUAGUUUGAAUCCUUCAUGAUUAAUGUGUUUGGUUAGGUCGUGUGUGUUGGAGCUGGAGCUGCACAGAUGGACUAAAAAUAAAAAAGACCUUUUGGAACCUGGAACUCAAACAUGCCAAAUUUACUUCUGCUUUUCAUAUGAAUAAUUUAAUUUAAUGUUCUGUGCAAUCAAGAAUCUAAAACAAUGUCUCCUUGAGAUAAAACACAGUCUUGUCCAUUUUUUGUUGCCUCGUGCUUCUCUAACAUCCAUUAUAGGCCAUUGUUGUUGUAGGGCAGCUACUGUCAAUGAUAUUAGUAGUAGAAGUACACAAAGUAUAUCAGUAUAACAUGACUGACCUUGAAGAAAACUACUUUCUCUCUACAUCUGCAUCAUCUGUUUUGGUUUGGUUCCUACCUCACGGAUCCGACAAUUCUUUAUUCAGUGCUUCACUAAAUUUGGAUUAUGUCGUUGGGAGGAGGCUGAUGCAUUGUUCCUUCAGCAGGGAGCAUCGUAGAGUUGUUAACGUCUCUCAAUUGCUGCCCAUAGCAGUGACGUGGGAUCAAUGUCACUUUGCGAAUAAGUGCGGGUGUGUUUUGGAAGCGAGCAGAACAGAGAAAGUAGGAUGUUAGUGGGCAAUGAGGUAAUCUCCUUAACUUGCUGCAGCAAACAGUGCCUGCUCCUCCUCCUUUAUGCUUUGGUGAGUGUGGUGUGUUUUCUUUAAGAUGAGCUGCAGUAACUCCUCCACACAGAAUAAUAUGACCUCAUGUGCCCGCUGGAAAACUUUCUAUUUGUUUCCUGAAUUGUUUGCACUGUGUGCGACGCAACCGACUCCAUAUCUGGUGUCAUCAAAUGGUGUUUGACUGCACGGUCGAGGCAGAGGCGAUUUGUUAUGCAUUUUUAUUUUAAAAUCUGUCUGCAAACAAAAAAUUCCACUCAAGGGCUGAUAAAGAAAUGUGAAUUGAAUUAAACCAA